AUGGAGAAGAAGCUGCUGGAAGCAGCAGAGAAAACCAGGACGCCUCCACCACCUGCCCCGAAGGAGAAGCAGUAUGUGCCGCCACCGCCACCGCCAGAAGAACAUCACUAUUAUUACUGCGAAUUUCCCCCUGAGAUAGAGCCGCAGCCCCAGGGAAAACAAAGAGACGCCCCAUGGAGAGACCACCCCAACUUCAGGUGGACUGAUCAGAAUCAAGGCCAACCUCCCCAAUCAUCUACCCAGCAAGUACAACCCUCUGAAGGGCAGCCCAACUGGCCUGCUCGGAUCCAGGAUAGAUCGAAGACUGGAGGGAACAGAAUACAGGGGGUACCUCAAGGCAACUGGUCAAGUGGACCUCAAGGGAACUGGUCCAGUGGAGGACAACCCAACUGGUCAAGCAGACAACCAGAGGCAAAUUGGGGGUACAGACAGCAAGGCCCCCAGUCAAGCAACCAGGGAACGCAGCCGAAUAACCAGAUGGUCAGCUACGUUCCACCACACCAAAGGGGAAAUCAGCACCCAGGGAAUCAACAACACAUCCAGUCGCAAUACCAGCAAGAACAUUGCGGGCAAUCUGAAUACCCGCAGCCCAACCACGGUGGGGGACCGCCGAAUCAAAGAUACAACCGCCACCCCAACGAUGGUCAAGGAGAUAUGUUAGUACCGCACCAUCUAAAUGAUGCGAUGCGGGAAAUCCAGGAGGCUCAGAAGGAGCAGCGGGCUGCGUUGGAGAUGCUGACAAAGCAACUCUCUCAAGUUGCAAUGUCACUGGGCGAGCUGAGGGGAAAUGAAGGAAAAAUUCCGGCCACUGUGUAG